AUGUCAACAGAGAUUGUUGAUAGGGCUGAAAAUUUAGGUAAAAUGAUUUUAGAAGGCGACAGCUUGAUAUCAGAGUUUGCUAAAUUAACCAAGGAAGAAGAAGAAAACUUUGAUGUCGCAAAAUCGUUGGUUGCAAAAUUCCUCAAUAUUGAUUUCAAUUCUUUGGCCUACGAGGAAAAUGAUCAAUGA